UAAGCACGCACGCCACGCACGCUGCGUAUCCACCAACAACAAACAUGGCGGAGGAUCACACAGACGCAGAGCAGUCCAUGGAGGGACACACUCCGGUGGCUGAGAAUCCGCAUGCUGAAUACGGUCUGACAGAAAACAUCCAGAGAAUAGUGGACAGCGAGAAAACCAACGCUGAGAAGAUCUCCAAACAAAAAGUGGACCUGCAGGCACUCCCCACCCGGGCCUACCUGGACCAGACUGUGGUGCCGAUCCUGCUCCAAGGCCUGUCGGUCCUGGCUAAGGAAAGACCUCCAAAUCCCAUCGAAUAUUUAGCGGCAUUCCUUCUGAAAAACAAAACCCAGUUUGAAGAUCGGAAUUAGGCCUUCGGCCCAGAGCCCGCUGCUCGCUGAGGCCAUGUGUUUGAGUUGCGUCUGAUGUGUAUACUAGUGAACGAGUAGAGGGGUUUUUUUUUGUUCCUUUUUUGUUUUUUAACUGAAAUAAAGAAAAAAAGUUGGCAAAGAGGAGCCGAGU